AUGGGAGCUGAAGUAGCGACCGAGGUAGAAGAAGCAGCAGAAGCAGAGGAAGGGGCAGGGGAAGGGCGUCGACCAAGAGAGCCCCGACGUACGCAGCAGAUAUCAAGGUCGAGCUCGAUCGAGGACACAGAAGAAUACAAAGUAGAGACUACAGCUAGCACCUCCAACGACACAGAAGGCAAUAUCAAAAUCGACAAAGAUGAAGGCGGCUACCCGAGACUUGUCGAUCGGGCCACCUGGGCGACGACGGCGGAGGAGGAGGAAUAUGUAGAAGGCAUGAGCUUAAUUAAUUGCAAGAGGAAGACGCCGCAGAGCUAG